UCGUGGUCGACGCGAGUGUGGUUGGCAGCACUGAUCAAUACCGAAUUCGUUUCGGCGUUUCGGAGUACACAAGGAUUUCAUUCGGACGGAUUGUCGUAAUUUUUCUGAUUCCGCGCGAGAAUUAAACCUGGAAAGUCUCCGAAAUGCCGACAUACGAACUGGCGAUGCUCCUUCGCGUCAUGCCAAAGACCGAUAUCGUGUCGACUCUGAAGAGGACGGCGAACACAAUCUUCAGCACCGGAGGCAUAAUCCGGAAAAUCGACAGUCUGGGGUUCAAGAAGAUGCCGUUUAAGACAAGUGCUCACAGUUUGGUGCACAGAGAGGCAAACUAUUUCAUCAUUUAUUUUGAUGCCCCGCCGUCGAAGAUCUUUGACUUAGACGAGGCGUUUGGCAGAGACGUGGAUGUCGUCAGGAGGCGCAUUUACAAACAAGAUAGCGAGCCACCCGAACCCUGCACUCUGGCUGAUGAGAUAAAGCCACCGCCUUAUAGGAGCGAGGUACAGAAAAUGCUGGAAAUGGCUAAGAAGGCAAAGAAACCACAGUUCAGUUACAACACUGGCUUGGAUUAUUAUCCAUUCCAGAAAUAAAAUUUUUCAACAACUUAUCCCCUUGAACCGGUGAUACUCGUCUAUGAAAAACGUAAUUUUUUGUACAUAAAUGUUGUACACGUUGUAAUUCUGAUUGUGUACGUGACCGUAGAAUAUAUUUAUUACGCAUAAAGUCGAGGUCCCUGAUAUGUCUUGAAAUUAUUUGUUUUAUCAACUGCUCGCAUAGUCGUUGGUAUCUGAACGUUACGCGCAUUGCUAUGAUAUUCUGUACACCUUCGAAAAAACGAUUUCUCUCUUAUCGUCGAAUUUUUCAGAAAUUUCGCAACGUGCAACAAGUGUGAAAAAAAUAAUAUCAGUUGAUAAAAAUAAUGUUACCGUCGAUUUUUAAGAGUACUUAGUUUCUCUGCAAGUAUGGAAUGAACGCAAUUCCCAAUUUUCAUUUCGCAUUUUCAAUCUAUAGUUUGAUUUAUUAAUCUAUAAUCUUUCUUAAUACAUUAUUAAAAGUUACAUCUGAUAAUAGUAUAUAUAACCACCAAAAAAGAGUUUGUACAAAAUACUUGGUAAAUAAUCUUUCUAUCUUAUUUAUAGUGUAUAGUAUGAUUAUCAUAUAACAUAAUAAUCGUUAUUAUAUUAUUAAUAAUAAUAAUAAUGGCAACAUUAUUAUCUUCGUUUAUCAUGAAUAUCUCCUCGCGUUAGAGAAUCCAACGAGAACGUAAAGCGACUUGGAAGAUUUUUGCAACGCGUAAAUUUUAAAUUAAAAAACCAAAUUACUUGAAACGCAAUCGUCACUUCCGUAAUCGUUAAUUGUUGUUACACGCUAUCGCGCGAAUCGUGUCGCAAACAUAUUUCCGUCGUUGCCUCGUCGCGAGGAGAUGAAUGAAAACAAA